UAUGCUCCGAUCGGUAUCGUGUUCAUGGUGGUUGGGAAAAUUAUCGGUGUGGAAAAUCUGGGCGACACGGCUCGUGGUCUCGGACUUUACAUGCUCACGGUGAUUUUAGGUCUCGUCAUCCACUUGUUCAUCACACUGGCUUUGAUCUACUUCGCUGUGACUCGAAAGAAUCCAUUCAAAUUCUUCAAAGGGAUGCUGCAGGCAUUUUUCACCGCUCUCGGAACCGGAUCCAGUUCGGCCACAUUGCCAAUCACAUUCUCAUGCUUGGAAGAAAAGUUGCAAAUCGAUCCUCGGGUCACACGAUUUGUCUUACCUAUCGGUGCCACCAUCAACAUGGACGGGACAGCACUGUACGAAGCGGUGGCCACCAUUUUUAUCGCCCAGAUGAACGACUAUAAACUGGGCAUUGCGCAACUAUUGACUAUCAGUCUCACUGCAACCCUCGCCGCGAUCGGGGCAGCCAGCGUGCCCAGUGCUGGACUGGUUACAAUGGUUCUGGUCCUUUCGUCCGUUGGACUUCCAGUGAAUGAUAUCACUUUGAUUUUGGCUGUCGAUUGGAUGCUGGAUCGAAUGCGCACUGCAGUCAAUGUGAUGGGUGAUUCCUACGGUGCAGCGAUUGUGGCUCAUUUGUGUCGAAAGGAGUUGGCCGCUUUGGGACCGCCGGAAACGCUUCAGUCUGGAGACAAACUGGGGACAGAUGGGAAUGAACGUGUCGGAUCCGAUUUGGAAAUGGCUCAGGCCACUCGCAAAAUGGAGGGAGAAAUACGUUUAUGA